AUGGACCUGCCCCCGCAGCUCUCCUUCGCCCUCUACGUGGCCGCCUUUGCACUGGGCUUCCCACUCAACGCCCUGGCCAUUGGGGGCGCCGUGUCCCAUGCCCGGCUCCGCCUCACCCCCAGCCUUGUCUAUGCCCUCCACCUAGGCUGCUCUGACCUCCUGCUGGCAGCCUCUCUGCCCCUGAAGGCGGUGGAGGCCCUGGCCUUGGGCGCCUGGCCUCUGCCGGCCUCGCUCUGUCCUGCCUUUGCCCUGGCCCACUUUGCUCCGCUCUAUGCUGGCGGGGGCUUCCUGGCUGCCUUGAGUGUCGGCCGCUACCUGGGGGCUGCCUUCCCCUUGGGGUACCAAGCUGCCCGGAGGCCGCGUUAUUCCUGGGGUGUGUGUGUGGCCAUAUGGGCCCUUGUCCUCUGUCACCUGGGGCUGGUCUUUGGGUUGGAGGCUCCAGGAGGCUGGACGGACAAUACCAACAGCUCCCUGGGCAUCAACACGCCAGUGAACGGCUCUCCGGUCUGCCUGGAGGCCUGGGACCCGGCCUCAGCGGGCCCUGCUCGCCUCAGCCUUUCUCUCCUGCUCUUCUUCCUCCCCCUGACCAUCACAGCCUUCUGUUACGUGGGCUGCCUCCGGGCACUGGCCCGGUCAGGCCUGAGCCACAGACGGAAGCUGAGGGCAGCCUGGGUGGCCGGCGGGGCUCUGCUCACACUGCUGCUCUGCUUAGGGCCUUACAAUGCCUCCAACGUGGCUGCCUUCCUGCACCCCGACACGGGGGGCCACUGGCGGAAACUGGGGCUCAUCACGGGUGCCUGGAGUGUGGUGCUCAACCCGUUGGUGACUGGCUACCUGGGAGGGGGUGCCGGCCGGGCGACAAGUGUGGCGAGAACGAAGGGAGGGACAUCCCAGAAGCAGCAGCCGCCGCUGGAGAGAAGGGGCAUGGAGCAGGGGAGGCCGGCUGCUCUCGCAGGCCCCUGA